AUGGCUGAACCUCGACCUAUCUCGAACCAUAUCUGUUUGAACGGGCGGACUCUAGAAGGAGGAGGACAGCUGGUUCGCAUUGCGGUUGGAUUGUCCGCUCUAACUGGUCGCCCAGUCAGUGUUGAUCAUGUUCGCGGAAACCGACAGGGAAAGAAAGGACUGAAGAGGUCUCAUACUGCGGCAGUAAAACUAUUAGCUGAAAUCAGUGGCAGCAAAAUAUUUGGAGGCGAGAUCGGUUCUCAAUUCUUAAAAUUCUCUCCUCAGACAGCGAGAUCAAGCAUAGGCCCCUUGGUUGAUUUAUCACACGUCACAGUGCAACCUGAAUACAACAUCAAUCUCACGACAGCUGGUGCCAUAUUUCUUGUCUUUCAGGCCCUGUAUCCAUAUCUGCUGUAUGUUGGAUCUCAGGCUGCCACUCCCUUCAUCAGAGUGAAGAUUACAGGUGGAACAAACGCAUCUCACUCUCCAUCAUACGACUAUGCCUCCCAGGUCAUGGUACCGAAUUUUGCAAAACUAGGGCUUCCAGAACUUUCUGUCACCCUUCACAAACGUGGGUGGUCAUCAGGGCCAGUUGACCUUGGAGCAGUCACUUUUCUCAUCCACCCACUGAGAGCUCAAGAUUCUUUGCAUGACAGAAGCCACAAUGAGAUUUCACCGGGUAUCCAUCAAUAUGGGUUUCCAAAAAUUGACCUGAGAAGCUACAAGCGAGGCAAAAUCACGCAGAUCGAUAUCACAGUGCUAGCGCCUGAUCAACCCACCAUAAGCGCGGGUAAUCUAGGGAAUCCAGAGAAUAAUCUGCGAGAGUACAUUGAGAAAGCCACCAAAAAAGCUUUGCGCCGGGCAAUGAGGAAGCUAGAUGCGUCCAUAUUUCCUACAACCCAGACCUCGCUGCCCAACGAGGAUCUCUUGAAUAACGAUUCAGGCCAAGAAACACCGGUUUCUGUCAAGAUCCACACUUCAGAAGCUACAUACCACCGUAGCCAUAUGUACAUCUUGCUUGUUGCUCAUACAUCCUCGGGAUUCAGAAUAGGUCAUGACGCCCUCGGGAGCUUAGGACCCAGUCACAUCAAAAGACAAAAGACAAAUGGAAGGCAAAAGCAGCGCCCAGCCAACAAAGAGCGGAAUAUCUCUGAAAAUGAUAUUGUCUAUUCUGGGGCGACCGAGCUGGUCGAACGAUGCGUAGAAGGUUUCAUCGACGAGAUCUCAAACAGGAGCCCAGACGCCAAUGUUCAACAUAAAAUAAGGCCCGAGAAGACAUGUUUGGACCAGUAUAUGAGAGAUCAAAUUGUUGUUUUCGAGGCGCUCGGUGAAGCUUGUUAUGCCAGCGGUCGCUCCGAAGCACCCGAUACCACACCACGAGAAGACGAACAAGAUUGGACGCUACACACGAAGACCGCAAAAUGGGUGUGUCGGCAGGUUUUGGGAGAGGUAUAG